AUGCCUAUAUCACAAUCAAUGAUAGCAAGAGUACAAGAAGUUGUUGAUAUGGCUGCGUUCGAGGUUUUUGUUACCACCGUCGUUGCCGGUGCUGUUUUCGCUUUCCUCCUACGCAGGUUCAAUGUGACCCGUGUUCACCCAUCUUUGAAGGGCUAUCAAAAGCUAGGCACUACCGGACCAUCCAACCUGUUGGAUGAAUAUGAUUCAGGCUAUACGAUACCUCAGGCCUCGCAGACCAUCAAGGAUGGUGCGGGUUGGAAGGUCAAAGCUCUUCUGAUACACCCCAUCAAGUCCUGUGCGCCUGUCGAGUUGAGCUCGGCAGAGGUCAAUGGUACAGGAUUUGUGUGGGAUCGCAAAUUUGCAUUUGCCGAGUUGCUCACCCCUCAGGCUAGACGAGACGCUGUGGACGAAGCAAAGAAGCCUCAGUGGACAUUUCGAACCCAAAGAACUCCUGGCUAUGAAAAACUAGCCCAUGUUCGUCCCGAGGUUUGGCUUCGCCCUCGGAACAAUGACAGCCAUGUAUCGACGCCCCAAGACGGGAUGUUGAUUGUCAGCUAUCCUUACACCCCCAGUGGGCCAUUUGCCAGCUUUGUCAAGUUUUUUCUCCCAUCCUUUCUCUUGCCGUCAAAAAGCUCAUUCUCGGUUCCUUUGGAGCUCCCAGACAAUCAUGACUAUCCGGUCGAAAGAGUCACCAUCUGGAAGGACAGCCCGUUGUGGGUCAAUGUCGGUCGGCAUGUUCCUGAAAGCUUCCGCCUCUAUCUUGGGGCCAAAAACGCACUUACGUUGUUUCGAGUCGACCCAAACAGUCCACGCGAGGUCUUUCGUUGUGCGCCCAGGAAAGAGCAACUCGGAUAUCAAGCAAAUGUCGGGUUUGCGGAUGCUUACCCGGUGCAUCUCCUAAACAUCUCGUCCGUACACGACAUUGGAGAGCGGGUCAAAGAAGACAUUCCUCGCUUCUCGUCGAGGAGAUUUCGCCCCAACAUCCUCAUCCAAGGCCCAGCGGCAUUCAAUGAAGACGACUGGAAAAUCAUUCGAAUCGGCACCCACGUUUUCUUCUGCGCGUGCCACACUGUCCGAUGUAGGCUGCCGAAUGUUGAUCCCGACACAGGUGCCAGGCAUCCGGUCGAACCUGACAAGACAUUGAAGUCUUUCCGAUGUAUCGACGACGGUGACCCUCUAAAUGCAUGCCUCGGUCUUCAGCUGGUCCCGGCCGAAGGCCAGGUAUUUCAAGUGCAUGUGGAAGACGAAGUGGUAGUAUUAGAACGAGGAGAACACCAUUACAUCAAGCAGUGAAUGCCAUAUUCCAGGACUGGCUCAACUUGGGGAUACAAAUUGAAGUAAAAAACACGUUGAAGCGCCCGGCUGUGGAUGACAUGCAAAGCACGACAUGGUCUGAGUCCGAAUAGUCGAUCAGCGGAUACACGCAUAUGCGAAUGAUUACAAGUGGCUCCCUCACAAGACUAACGCCACGGUGCAGAAGAGUUGCCCUGAAGGUUCUUCCCAG